CCUCACAUUUGCCUUUGCCGAGGAACCAAGUCAUUUUGCCUUUCGUUCUUUCCAUAUAAACCAAUAGAACUUCAAAACUUUUUCCUCCCAGACUUUCGGGAAACGAUCCUGUCGCUAACUUACGUUCCAAUUUACUACUAGAAAACAUGGGUCGUGUAAAAGCUGCAGCCAAGGGCUCCCCCGAAAAGAAACAACGCAAACAGCGCAAGAAGAAGGACAAGGAUGCACCUAAGAGACCAUGCACAGCUUUCUUCUACUACGUGCUUCACCAGAGGGCAUGUGGAGAGCAUGAGGGAAUGAAGGUUUCCGAGUUCACAAAGCAGUGCGGUGCAAGGUGGAGGGGUCUUACAAAAGAAGACAAGGAAACGCACUUCGACUCCGCGGCCACCGACAAGAAACGCUACGAAGAACAGAUGAAAAUCUACAAACCAUCAGCGUGCAAGGACGCGACAAAGCCUAAGAAGCCAAUGACGCCAUUCUUACUGUUUGUCGGCUCGGUUCGAAAGCAACUUGUAGAAGAUGGCGUUCAGCACAAGGAGGUCUUAGGCAAGGCUGCUGAGCAGUGGAGGGAGAUCACAGACGCCGAUAAGAAGCCAUUUACUAAGGAAGCUGCAGAAUUAAAAAAGGCAUAUGAAGCAAACAUGAAGAAAUGGAAUGAGGAGCAAGCAGCUGCGGCUAAGGCAGCGAAAGCAAAGCCUAAACCGGCAGCCCCGCAGAAGAACGGCAAAGACAGUGAUGAUGAGGAGAGUGAGGAAGAAUCCGAGGAAGAGGAGGAGGAGGAAGAGGAAGAAGACGAUGAUGAGGACAUGGAGAGUGAUGACGAAUAGAUGAUCGGAGAAAUUGUGCCACAAGCAGGCCCAGAGAUGAGACUGAAAAGUUCAAACUUGCAUUGUAAAAACUUCAGGCAGGCAACAAGCAAUUUGUCAAACUAUUGCUUUUCAUAAUCAUAAUCAAUGCAACUAGGCCUAUUCUCUGAUUAUGUUGCCACUGAAGAUUUGUCCAUCUGCUCCUCUCAUCUCUGCAGCCUACCAAUAUGUCGUGAUCAAACAAAUAUCGGGCACCAAUGAUAAAUACAUACCCCGGUUUAAGCUCAGCUUAUCCAAGUUUAGCACGGGAUUCAGUUCUUUAUUUUGGCGACAGUUUCCUUUUGGCAGGAACAUCUUGAUAGGACGGUUGAGCCAUGUUAGGUGGGAUGUUACUGAACUAUUUGUUGUUAUUUUUUGGUUGUCCCCAUUCCUAAUUGGUAUGGAAUUACUGUAAAAACUGGAAUACAUUGCAAGGCCGACACUUGUCAGGUCAUCUUUUAAGAUUGGAUACAUGUUCUCACUGCUAUUGCGUAUCUCCGAGCUAUUGUAGAUGUUGGAUGAAUAUUGUUGCAUUUAGCCCUCGUGCUCCUUGGAAGUAUUUGUUACGAGUAAUAACUUAGUGUAGUAGCUCAAAUUGUGAAAUUAUAUCCUUUCAGUGGUGCAUGAAUCGACGGCUGUCUGUUUCAUUGUUCUGCAUCCGCAUGAUGUUAUCAACACCACAAGGGAAGCACCUGCACAAACUGAGCAUGAUACAUUGCACAAAUUAACAUGUAGUUUAUAUUCCCAGUCAAAAUCUAUUCAUUCUGAGAUGCUCAUCUAAAUUGAAGGCUGCCCUCGAGAGAUUAAUCUCGGUCAACUGGUCAACAUUAUUGUAUACAGAAAACUCAGUUGCUUUUAGGCUUCUGCUCUGGGUUUGGUAUCUGAAAAAGGUAGGUCUUGGAACAGGUCACAUUGGUUUCAGUUUCUAGUAGGAUACGUUUCAGUCGUAUGCUUCCAGUGUGACAAAAUGACAUUUUGAAUGAAAAUAGUUUUAUUAAACGUUUAUAAUUACUCCUUGUGUGUAACACAAUGUACACUUGUUUAAUAAUAGAUUGAGAAUGAUGUGAUUUUGAACAGGUGGUGGGGGUUCCAUCGCAGUGUAUUUCAAGUUGACUGGUGGCCAUGCGUUAAGUCUGGAUCAUGCUUGCAUAUAGUGACCAGAUUCAUUUCUUGAAAUAAUUGAACAGUGCUUUUGUGCUUUGCAUUUUGUUAUUGUAUAUCCAGGAUCAUCUCAUGCCUAUAUCUACAAAACUGUUAAAAACAGUUCAUUCUAACAAAGUAAUUGUAACCUUUUGCCAUUUGAUUAGAUCUCAGAUUAGCUUUGCAGUUAUAACAUGUUUCCUUGUAUGAUGAUGUGGUCAGACGACCUAAAAUAAACUAAUUUUGUGUAUCAUAUUUCCUCUAAUUUCUAUCCUAAUGCCGGACUUCCUUUUUUCGCCAUUGGACAUAAAUAUUGCAUUCUUUGUUGUGUCUUAUAUCCAAUGAAAAUGCAGUGACGAUAUUACGCGACUGGCAGUAUAAGGACCUCCGAUGUUACUUGGAAAAAAUGACGUCCACCUAUAUUUGUUACAUUCCUUGAAGGAUAAGUGUGGACUACCAAACCUCCACUGGGGACCACCGCAUCGGUACAAAAAUGGUAGUGUAGAAAAAAGAUGGUUAUUGUAUGAACACUAUUAUGAUUUGAUAACUGUGCUACCGGUACUCUAGAUAUUUCAUGUGUGUGUAAAAUUAAUUUGUUGUAUCAUGUUUAUAAAAAAAGAAGAGCACAGUCUUUUAGAUCAGUGUUGAGUUGCGUUUUUACGAGGGGAAAUGACAAGAGUGACAAGAGUCACUACGAUUCUAAAUACUUUGUAAAAUAUGUUGUAAUUUUAUCAAAAUUGAGCGGGGAUUUUCGAAUCCAAUGUCCAUCCAAGUGUCCCAAUUAGUUUGCCUCAUUUUAUUUAUUCUGGUGAUGAGUGAUGGAAAUUUUCAUCACAUACAUGUUGCAUGCCGCCAACAUGAAAGAAAAUAUUGGUUGAAAUGUUGGCAAUUGAAACAUCUUGUGUAAUUGUCUGAAGCUCCCCUUUGCUUUGCUUCAGUUAAAAUGUAAAUAAACUGAUGUUUAAAUUGA